AAAAAAAUGAAUAAAUUCCACAUUCUUUUACUUCUACUAGUGAUUUUGACAAUUACCGUAUUGAGUGAGGCAUCUCAUCCUGUUGCUCUUGAAAAUUCUGAUUCUCGUAUGUUGGUGAAAAGAGAGGUUGCAGCAAUAAGGGCAAAACGUUUUGGAUGGGGUUGCUGUGGUGGAGGCGGUAUCGGACUCUUCUGGGGCGGCCGAUGAUUCUUAAUUAAAAAGAAUUAUGUAUUUGUGGAAUAAAUAGAAAUAUAAAAUAAUAAUAUUUAGAAUUAAUAUUAAAUUAGAAAAUUACUUUAUUUUUAGUAUUGUCUAGAUUUUUAUUCUCAAAUUAAUAAAGAAUCUAAUUCUGACAUUUAAUGUUUUAAUCAGUUCUUAAAUUUGAGGAUUUUUUAGCUCCAAACUUCUAGCUUUCCUUCUCUUAGAUAAUUUAUAGUGCCUUAGAAUUUUUUCUGAACUGGUGUUUAAUUGUAGAUAAAAAUUGUCUGUAAGU